AUGCAUCUCACCUCCGUCACUCUUUUGGUGGGCGCGCUGGCCCCUGGCCUGACUGUCGCCGCUGCUCCUCCUCACUCUAAUAAACCCGAGUGGCCGGGGUGGCCGAGAUGGCCGGGGCGCCCGCGCCCCAUUUCCAAUAUCCAGAUCGGUCCCCGCGCCUUCUACCUCGUCGACCAGAUGGAUGAGGGCAGCCUGAAGAAGAAGCUUGAGAGCUGUAAGGAGCGCCGAAACACGCCCUCCGACUUCUCCAUCAGCCACCGCGGCGCCCCACUGCAGUUCCCAGAACACACCAAGGAGUCUUGGUUAGCCGCUGCGCGCGAGGGUGCUGGCAUCAUCGAGUGCGACGUGGCCUUCACCAAGGACCUCCAGCUCGUCUGUCGCCAUUCCCAGUGCGACCUACACACCACCACAAACAUUCUCGCAGUCCCCGAACUGGCCGCGAAGUGCACGAAACCCUUCACCCCGGCCUCCGUGGACGGCAAAACUAAAGCCUCCGCCAAAUGCUGCACAAGCGACAUUACCCUUGCCGAAUUCAAGUCCCUCUGCGGCAAAAUGGACUCCUCAGAUCCCACCGCCAUGACCCCGGAGCAAUACCAGAGUGGCGUCAUGGACUGGCGCACCAGCCUGUACAACGAUGGCUGUCCCCAACUGCAGUCGCAUGCCGAAUUCAUCUCCCUGAUCAACUCGCUCGGCCUCAAGUUCACCUCGGAGCUCAAGACGCCCGAGGUCCCCAUGCCCUUCCCGUCCCCUGGCGGCAAGAACUACACCCAGGAGAUGUACGCGCAGCAACUCGUUGACGAGUUCCGCGCCGCGCGCAUCCCGCCGUCCCGCGUAUUCCUCCAGUCCUUCCUGCCCGCUGACAUCUUUUACUGGAUCGACAAGGAGCCUGCCUUUGCGCGUCAGGCUAUCUAUCUGGACGAGCGUGUCGAUACCCCCGAGGGAUACGAAGAGGCUGUCAGAGGCAUGAGGGAUCUGGCGAGGCGGGGAGUGAGGAUUAUGGGCCCGCCCAUCUUUGCUCUUUUGGACCUGGAGGAUGAUGGUGACGAUCAGAAUAGCAAGCACAAACCACCCGGAAAUGGUAACGGCAACGGCAACGGAAAUAACAAGAAACCACGCAUCGUACCAUCUACAUACGCUAAGGCGGCGAAGAAGGCCGGUCUCGAUCUGGUUACGUGGUCAUUGGAGAGAUCGGGUCCGCUGAAAAAUGUGGCGGCUGACAAGGAGUAUUAUUACCAGACGGUGGCCGGCGCGGUGGAUGGCGAUGGGGAUGUCUAUGACGUCGUGGAUGCGUUGGCGAAGCGGGUUGGCGUAAAGGGCAUGUUUUCAGACUGGCCUGCUACGGUUACUUACUAUGCCAACUGUAUGGGGAAGUAA